UGUCAGGUUGGCAGCAUUGCUCCCUCAACAUGUACGUCUGGCUAUGGCGAUAAAUAAAUGAGCAAAAGUAUGUAAAUAACUCACUCGGAAAAGUUAUUUUUCGAAGACUUGCAGCUACUUGCAGAUUAAUUUUUCCCACCAUCGACCUUGAAGGAUAAUACGACCCGAAAAUGAGUCUUUUGCAACUACCGGACAUUGUGCUGCGAAGGGUUUUCUCGUAUUUGUCCUACGACGAAGUUGCUCGACUCAGAAUCGUGAGCAAAGACUUCAACAGCCUGGGCAAAGACUGUCUGAACAAAGGACUGAUUGCCGUCGAGAAGUUCCGCAACCUGUGUUUGCGAGAAGUCAAAGUCCAGCUGCCUCGAAGGGAGUCUGAGCGGCGGGUGCACCCCUUGGCCAGGCACGUCGAUGUCCUCAUGGCGAUCGAAACCAGAAUCUCAAUGCUCUCGAUGACUUACGGCAAAUACAUAGACUCUGGUCUUUGCUGCUUCAUCCCUGGAAAGGUCCUUGAUGAAAUGUUUCGAGUUUUGAGAAUUGUGCGCGAAUCAAAAACUCCCCCUCGGCCGCAUGAAAUUCUGCAAGAACUGCGUGAUAUCAGCUCAAUGGCUAUGGAACACUUUGAUGAGAAGGUUUGCUCCACACUUAAGCCAAAGUUUUUGACUACUCCCAGAAGUAAGAGCAUCCUAUCGCUGAAAAUGCCAGUGUCAGGUACAGAGUCUCAUGAUGAAGUAGACGUGAUAUCAAACUUCCAAGCUAGCCUGCAAAAGGUGAAAAACAACAACAUAGAACUGAAAAAGCAAGUCAAAAGUUUACGAUCUAAGGUUGUUAAGCAAAGUGUCAAGAUUGAGGACAACAAGUCAAAACUGCAAGACCAGUCUGCCAAAAUCUCAGAGCAAAGUUCGCAGAUCCAAGACCUCCGUCGGAUAGUGGAUGAGCUGAGCCAGAAAAUAAUUGACAACAGUCGAUCCCCAGAGUUGAGCGUGGACAACAGCAAAAUGAAGGCCAAAUUUGAAGGCAAGGUGGCUAAGAAGAGUUUGUUCCCCCCUGCAAGUGGAGUGGUGACCAGGUCGAAGAGGGUCAACUUGAAAGAAACGGGCGCCGAGCCGGUCGCCAAGCGGAGCAAGAAUUGAUUUCGGCAAUAAAGAGACAAGACUCUCGAUGUAGAACUCCGAGGUGUAUUUUCGUUUGUUUGAUUUUCAAAUUCUGGGCGUAUGUGUGUAAAGUGAUUGUUCUUGUGAAUCCCUCAACCUGAUGUAUAAGUGGCCAGAUUAGGAAUGAUCAUCUUAACUUAGAAUGAAUUAACUUGAUAAUUUUAUUUUUCAGUUAAAAAUACCUCUUUGGCUUGGCAAAUAUGUUUUAAAUUUCUUUUAAUUUUUAUCUUCGUCUGAAAAAAGCUAUCAGCGGAUCUGAGAUUGUUUCCAAAUGAGAAUUUGUUGAAAACUAAAAUUGAUUUAAAAGUGGGUUUAUUAACUUAGUUGCGUUUACCGAAACAAUAAUUCUUGUACCGAUUGUACAUUGCAGAUUAUUUUCCCAGAAAUAAAAUGAGAUUGCUUAAAGUUCACAAAA